ACAGACAAAAUGAGGGAAUACACUGAACAGGUCUGAGAGUCGGUUAAAAUCGCCUCCGUCAAAAUGACAGCUAAGACAGCGGAGGAAGUUUCUUCGUCUCUCGGCAGCAUUGUAGACGGCAUUCCCAAAGACGUGUAUGCAGAAACAGGGAUUGUUUUUAAGCAAGAGGCCGUGGGGGAGGAGGAAGCUGAAGGGAAGGAUGGUGGGGAUGAAGGCGGUGAUCUGCUCGGCGCACCUGAGCUGUCUCUCCAGGGCGACUUGGCGCAGUACGUGGCCACUUUACGCACGCACCCGCUGGCGUUUACCGGCAAGUUUUCCCUGGACUCCAGGAGCGCAGGGGGACCUUGGACGCAGGGGGACGUGAUCAACGUGGUCAGUGCGGACAUCGCCGCCCCGGGACCGGCCACGGGGUCGCCUUCAGCAUCACCCAAUAUUUACGCGGGAGAAGCAGGAGGUGGAGGAGGAGGAGACGCAGCGGACGCGGGGGACGGGAACAUGGCGCACGGGCAGCCGGAUAUCAGUCACAUGUACGCGCCCCCACAUCCACACCCACACCCUCACCCUCACCCGGCCCCGUCCUACUCCUGCAGCGGGGAUGUGUACCAGGACCAGCCGGCAGGGGGCUACCUGUCCACCUCCACCUGCGCGGUCUCCUACCACCCGCCUCCCUCCUACAAUUCCGCGCCCAAACCGGCAGCUGAUGGCGCCGCGCUGCUCUCCAUCAUGCCUGAAUAUGGAGGCUUCUACCAGCAGAGCUGCCAGAGAGACAUGCAGACCUCUUUCCCGGAGAGGAAGUCUCUCCCGUACCCCUUGGACUCCCUCAGGGUGCCUCCGCCUCUCACGCCUCUCAACACCAUCAGGAACUUUACGCUCAGUGCGCCCGAAGCCCCCACAGCCGCCGCUUUCCCCGGCCACCAGAGCCUCCCUCUCAGGCCCAUCUUAAGACCCAGGAAGUACCCGAACCGGCCGAGCAAGACGCCCGUGCACCAGAGGCCGUACCCAUGCCCGGCGGAGAGCUGCGACCGCAGGUUCUCGCGGUCAGACGAGCUGAGCCGGCACUUGCGCAUCCACACCGGCCACAAGCCGUUCCAAUGCCGCAUCUGCAUGCGGAACUUUAGCCGCAGCGACCACCUGACCACCCACAUCCGCACGCACACCGGCGAGAAACCGUUCACCUGCGACCAGUGCGGGAGGAAGUUCGCCCGGAGCGACGAGAGGAGGCGGCACAUGAAGAUUCACCUGCGGCAGAAGGAGAAGAAGUCCUCCGCGUCCUAA